UCCAGCGCCGGUGUUCCAGUCACUAUGUCGGGUUUCCCGGCAAAGGGUGCUGGGGUCCGCGAUGGCCCCAUGGGUCUCAGAAAAUCUUGGACCGAGCUGCUGGCGGGCAGAGUCAAGAAGCAAAAAUACAACCCUGAAAGGGAACAGAAAUUAAAGGAUUCAGCUCUGCAACUCCUAAGAUACCAUCAAAACAUGAACGACCUUUUACUAGAGGUAGAAGAUCCACAGUGUAAAAAAUUGUGUCUCAGCAAACUGAUUGACUGUGACAGUGCUUCAGCCUACUCUGAUCGGUCCAGUUCCUUCAUUGGCUCUGCUUUUCAGGAUCAAGCCUCACGGCUGGGAGUUCCUGUGGGCUUACUAUCUGCCAGAGUGUUUGCUUGCAGUGUGCAGCAGAUCUGUGUGGAGCCCAGCCACCCUGUGCUGCUCAGCUCGGAGCAAAGAAAGAAACUGUCUUCCUUGUUAGAGAUCGCUCAGCAUUUGUUGGCACACAAUAUGUUUUCCCGUCUCACCUUCUGUCAAGAAUUGUGGAAAGCACAGAACUCAUUGUUGCUUGAAGCUGUGUGGUGUCUUCACAUGCACAGUGUUGUGAGCCUACAAGAGCUACUGCAAAGCCAUCCUGACACUCAGGCUAUGACCAUGUGGCUCUUCAGGAACCUAUGCAUUCUGUGUGAGCAGAUAGACGCACCAAGCCCAUCUUCUGAUACUACUAAAGCUAUGCUUUCUGGUAUUGUGCAACUAUUAGUUUCAAGAGGAUUUCAGGAAAGCUCAGACCCAAGAUGUGUGGAACCUGAAAAGAUACCCCAGGUUGCUACUGAUAUUCUACAGAGAAUGCUGGCUUUUGCACUUGAUACCCUGAAUGCUGAUCCACAGGUGACCUCGGCUUACCAGGCAGUGAGGGGCUGGUGUAGUGUAUACUCUGGACAUGUGUGCUGUGGUAUGAUUGCAGUGGAUUCUCUGAAGAGGUUCUUCAGUCACACUCUAACUCAGAUUCUGACUCACAAGCCUGUGCUGAAAGUAUCUGAUGCCAUUCAAAUGCAGAAAGAGUGGAGCUUUGCAAAGACCUGUCACCUGCUCACCACUCUGUAUUGUAGGGUUUUUGUGACACUAGGUCCGGAAGAGUCAAUUGGCCGUUUGCAGGAAGUCCUGGAGACGCAGGAGGUUAAUUGGCAACAUGUGCUCUCCUGUUUGUCCACACUGGUUGUCUGCUUUCCUGAGGCCCAGCAGCUGGUUAAAGACUGGGUGGCCGGUUUGAUGACCUGUGCCUUUGAGAGCUACCACCUGGACAGCAUGGUCACUGCGUUCCUGAUUGUGCGCCAGGCUACUCUGGAAGGCCCCUUUGUAUACCCAUCCUAUGCAGACUGGUUCAAGGAGUCCUUUGGGAGCUCACUUGGCUACCACAGCUGCAGCAAGAAGGCGCUGGUCUUCCUCUUCAAGUUCCUGUCUGAUCUUGUGCCCUGGGAACCCCCUCGGUACAUGCAGGUGCAUAUUUUCCACCCACCACUGGUCCCAAGCAAGUACCACUCCCUCCUGACAGACUACAUCUCGUUGGCCAAGACAAGGCUUGUUGACCUUAAGGCAAGUCUGCCCACUGCUCUUAGUACCCAGUGCCUGCCUUUGUAUCCACAUGUUUGUUUUUCCCCUUUGAAGGUUUCCGUAGAGAAUAUGGGACUCUACGAGGAUUUGUCCUCCUCUGGGGACAUGGCUGAGCCUCAGAGCCAAGCGAUCCAAGAUGUUGAGAAGGCCAUCGUGGUGUUUGAACAAACAGGGAAAAUCCCAAUGCCUGUCAUGGAGGCCAGCAUAUUCAGGAGGCCCUACUACCUGUCGCACUUCCUCCCCGCCCUGCUCAAACCUCGAGUGCUCCCACGGGUUCCUGACUCCCGGAUGGCCUUUAUAGAGACCCUGAAGAGAGCAGAUAAGAUUCCCUCAUCAGUAUAUGAUGCCUACUGCCAAGCCUGUGCCGCUGCUGAGGAGAAGCAGCCCGAAGAUGCCACCCCAGGAAAAAGGACAAAGCCUGACUGUGCUGAACAGCCCCUGGGACUGCUCAAAGCUGCACUUGAAGAGCUCAGAGCUUUGAUGACAGACCCCAUCCAGUAUGAUGUUAUAUCUGCUCAGGUGGCUGCGAUCUCUGAAAGACUGAAUGCUGCUGUGGGUCACAGUAACGAUGACGGCAGCCUCGGGAGAUCAAAGAUUCAACUCAGUGUCCUUACUCCCACUCUCCAGACACAGGACCAGGCGGUUGUGGAUCUCCUGCUCACAGCCUUCUGUCAGAACCUAAUGGUGGCCUCUAGCUUUGUGCCCCCGGAGAGGCAGAGCCCCUGGGCUGUCCUUUUCGUGAGGACCCUUUGUGGACACAUGCUUAUCCCUGCGGUGCUCACUCGGCUCUGCCAGCUGCUCUACCACCAGGGUCCAAGCCUGAGUACCCCUCAUGUACUGGGGUUAGCUGCUCUCGCCGUACAUCUGGGCGAGUGUAGGUCCAUGCUUCCAGAGGUGGAUCCAGGUGUUCUUGCACCUGCUGGCAGCCUUUGUGUCCCUGAGUUAUUGAACAGCCUCCUGACCUGCCGUACAAGGGAAUCUCUGCUAUUCUGCUUGAAAUUCUGCACAGCCGCGAUUUCUUACUGUUUAUGCAAGUUCUCUGCGCAGCCCCACGCUGCCUUGCGCAACUGUUUGUCUCCAGGCCUGAUCAGAAGGUUUCAGUUCAUUGUGUUAAGAGUGUUCUCAGAGGCCAGAGCACCUUGUCCUCCAGAGCCCACAGCUUCCCUCUCCUGGAGACCCUUGUACCUUCCUUCUGCAGACUGGCAGAGUGCUGCACUCUCUCUGUGGAGAUGGAACAGUUUCCAAGAACUGUUGAAGGAGAAGGAAUUUUAUUUAACUUACAGAGAUUGGGUACAGCUGGAAUUGGAAAUUCAACCUGAAGUUGAUGUUCUCUCGGAUACAGAAAGACAUGACUUCCACCAGUGGGCGAUCUAUGAACACUUCUUGCCAGCACCAUCUGCUCUAGGAGGCUGCGAUGGAAACGUGGAAGCGGCGUACACAGUCCUUGUCAGUGAGGUGAUGAACUUCUACCAAAGUUCGAGGAGUUAUAACCACUCACAGGAUUCUAAUUUGGUUCUCGGGGGCCGCACAGGAAAUGAGGACAUUCUUUCUAGGCUACAGGAGAUGGCAGCUGACCUGGAGCUGGAUCAAGUCUCUUCUGUCUCCUCUGGUUGUUCAACUUCUCAGAGUCACAUUCUCUUCCGGGUAUUCAACAGACGGCUCCAAGCUCUGGCAAGUGGAGACAGCAUGGCUAAUCGUCUUAGGAGACAGCGAGAGCUGCUCAUAUGCAAACGGCUUUUCCUCCGCCUGCCUCCAUCUGUUCUUAUGGGCAGCCCCCAGACCAGACAGCCUGUCUCCCCCAACUGUGAGGAGUUCUUUAACCUGGUCAACUCUGAGUUGAGAAACUUCUGUUGCCAUGGCAGUGUCCUGACCCAUGAUAUUACCAUGCACUUCUUCAGGGGGCUCCUUAAUGUGUGUUUUCGAAGUCAAGACCCAGCAUUGGUGGCCAACCUGACCCUGACAGAGUGCCAGACCAAAUGUCCCAUGAUUUUGACCUCAGCACUGUUGUGGUGGUCCAGGCUAGAGCCAGUACUUUGCAGUCGGUGGAAGAAAUGUCAUCAGAGCGCACUGCCUCGUGAACUGCAGAGGCUGCAGGAGGCCCAGGAGUUUGCCAGCAAGUUCCUCUCUGAUUCAGCUUCCCCAGCACCCAGCCCAGCCUGGAUCUCAGCUGCUGCACUGCACUUUGCAAUUAGAGAAGUUAAGAAGGAAAAUGUCAAGGCACAUCUGAAAAGGCUAGACUGUGAGAGGAAAGAGCUACUCAUCUCCCUCCUCUUCUUUUCCUUGAUGAACCUACUCUCAUCCUACCUGACCCAACAGGACACUGCUGAAUAUCUGAAAGCCAUGGAUAUCUGUGCUGAGGUCCUCAUGUGCUUGGAAAGAAGGAAGGUUUCCUGGCUCGUGCUUUUCCAGUUGACAGAGACAGAUACCGAGCUGGGGCACCUUCUCCGCUUGGCCCCAGAUCAGCACACCAGGUUGCUACCAUUUGCCUUUUACAGUCUCCUCUCCUACUUCAGUGAAGAUGCCAUCAUCAAGGAAGAGACUUUCCUGUAUGUUGCUGUCGAUAUGUACCUCAAGCUGAUGCAGCUCUUUGUAGAUGGGGAAACCGGGACUGUGUUACCUCAGGCCAGCAAAAGCUUAAAGCUCCAAGGUCACUCCUUGCUGCAGGGUAGCCCUAUACAUCUGAUAACAGAAGCACGUACUUUUCUGCUGCAGCUAAUACCUCAGUGCCCAGAACAGUGCUUCUCCAACAUGACAGAGCUGCUGGCUGGUCGAGGAGACUAUGACCCUGAGAUGAGCAACGUCCUCCUGCGGAGGCGGCAGGCUGACCCCAGCUUUGAUCUCUACCAGGAGCCUCAUCUGUUCUGACUGUACCCAUCUCAGUGCACCAGCCGGCACCUUUGUGAAUAAUUUAUUGCAAGCAUUACAUGGAGUUCUUGUUACACUAGAAAGUAGAUUACAAAUCUCCUUGAUUGCUCUAGUUAGGAAAAAAAUUAAUUAUUCAUAAUUUGUUUCUAGCCUUAAAUUGCUCAGUGUCCAUAGGAAAAUAAACUGCUAGUACCACA